CAAGCAAAACACGAAACCACGUGCUUUCCUCGCCGCUGGCUGGAUUCCCGCUACCGCUGGCAGAUUGCAGCAGCGUGCGUCUUCUCUUAUGACAGUUAUGUGUAUGGCGAUAAGAGGCGGCAAUGCCUCGAGUGGACUUCUUGCCAGCCUACGACAAUUCCGGCUCAUACACAAGAAUCUACCGUGGCAGCAUCCUGUUCCUUAAGUACACCUGGCACGAGCUGCUGCUGCUUUUGUGCAAUGUCGUCAACGUCUUCAUUCAGCUCGGCAUGGGCAUCCCGCUGCUCGUCUACUCGGCAAAAGACGUCCUGGCCGUGCCCAUCAAUGCCACUACUACUCACGCUAAUGAGGUCACGAUGCAACCCUACGACCCGUUUGCUUUCGAUGUCAUCGUCCUCUUCUGUGUGGCAUUUGGGGCAUGGUUCGGCCUCUCUGGAGUGCUCUUGGAGCACGAGUACGAGAUAGGGUUACACAUUGCCUGCAUGGCGUUGGCUUCUCUGUACGGCGUCACGGAGUACUUUGUUUGCGGAGCGUAUCACAACUCUCUGCUCGUUAUGUAUCGAGCAUUAUUUUCUAUGGCACUGACAAGCAUAUCAGCGAUCCUUGCCAUCAAGGCAGUAUUUCAUCCGACGUGGACAGAAUUCGUACUCGUUGGAGUCUCCGAAGGGAUGAUAGCGAUGUACAAAACAUUCUGCAAGUUUCUUGCCAUGCUGAAGCUGGAGUUCGUGUCGUACGUCAUAUUUGGGAUCCUGGUGCUGAAUGCUGGUGUUAAUAGUACUGUGUGGCAAUUCACGACUCUGGUGAUCAUUCUUCUAUACGGUAUUGCCCUGUGGUUCAUUGGGUCUCUGGGCGUCAGGAAAGAACGUCCAACGCUGGUCUACACAUAUGUGGCACUCAGCAUGAUAGCACCACUAUUUCUUGUAUUAGAGAUCACCGCCAGGUUUCCAAACAGAAGCAUUCAGAUCGCCGACGCACCUAUCGUUCACGUUGUUGCAGGUGGCUUCUGCAUUCUCAUGAGGGUGUAUCUCCACAUUGAAUUGCUUCAUGUCUUCAAGAAUUUUAAUUAUGGACUUAUCAACCAAGAAUUCUUGGGCCUUCUAACGCCAGAGGCCACUGGCUUGCUCUCCGGACGAAGACACUGAAUUUAUCGCCGUCCCAGACCGAUCGCUGUCUUGUAAAAAAAAAAAAGCCUCUGUGUGUGCACUUCGCCGAUGCAGUCAUGCGAUGUUUACUGACUUUGAAUGCUAUAUUACUCAAAUGUGUGUUUAAGAGAACUUCACAACUGCUAACACUCGGCGCUCGUUGCAUGGGCUAAGCCAAUGCAGCUCGACUUCUUUAGGUUGCACAUAACCAGCGGUCCUUCCUGUAGAGCCGCGCUUAUGUUUGCUUGUUAUACUGUGCAAAUGGUCGUAUUCCUGUUUGUGCAUGCAAUGUCGAAAAAAGUGUUGACACGGGAGAUAUUACUUUUCUUUUCUCUGAUGCUGCAGAAAUGUCCGGGACCUAAAAUAAGCCAAUACUGCAACACUCGAGAGCAUCUUGAAUAACAACUUUCGUUUAGCCAGUCUCAUUUUCUUUUCCCCCUUGCAUACUUCAGUACUGUGGUGCCAUAAUUCAAGAGGUCGAUGCCUGGUAGCUGGACACUAUAAUUUAUUUGAUGCCUGCUUUGGCUCAUUUUAUGAUCUCCAGUGCUGAUGCUCAUGGUCAAUACCGAUGUAGCAGUGUGGCACACGAUAGAGCGACCAUCAACAUGUCACAUGACAUUCUUAACAUAUGAUCACAGCCUGUCAUCAUGUCAUAUGCAGGCGAACCUAUGGAAGUGAAACUGGGAGUGCUUGUAGCUGAGCUCUUAUACUAAAUCAUUCAAAGCACCCUGAGCAUCAGCACUAUUUCUUUAUAUAACUUUGAGGUCCCCGAGCUUUUGUUAAAUUUCAAGUGAACGGUCGAAAAAAACAUGGUACCACAUCAAGACUAACCAGUGAAACUUGUAACAGCACUGAGAUGCGUUUACUAACUUCGUAAGGAUUGUCAUGUGUUUGGUUAUUUCUUAACAGCACUGACCAUUAUUGCAUAUACUAAGUUAUUUUGUUAUAUACUCUUGUUUGACUCUGGUUUUAAUCUGCUAGUCUUGUACUCUUUUAUACUUAUACAUUCACUUUAACCCCGGUGAUAGCACCGCACAUGUACGCAUUGCGUGUGGACUAUUUAAUUAGAGUAACUCUUGCCUAGUGUUUAUGUUGAAUGGAUUUGGGACAUUGUCUCAUUGAUUGCAUGACAUGCUCAAGUUAUUGAAAUCUGAAAGUUUGUAUGUUUGUGAUGAUAAAAAUGCCAUUUUAUGCGUGUUGGGAAUGCAUUUAAUUGCUUAGUUUGAGUGCGAUUAAUGAUAGUUUAUGCCAAGUUCACUGUUACCAAAGAAUGGCUGGAUCGUGACUGUUUCAACGUUGACAUUCCCAAUCUCUUCAAUGCCCAAUGGUCUGGUUUAGAGAGGUCUAAAGAAUCCGUAAACGUAUAUAUCGAUAUUUUUGCAUACAGAUUAUGAAAAUUGUUGCACUUUACAUAUGUUGAAUAUAUUGUUAUUCUUGCUGUACACUUUCGUUCAGAAGAGAAGAAGCAUAAAACAUUACCCCAAUGUCAAAUGCCAUAACUACUUGUACGGGGAUAGCAGAGGUUGAUAAAAAAUGUUGAUGAUAGUUGCCCAAUGCCUUAAAGAAAAGUUAUGUGCAGACAUUUGUCUCGAAUCUGUCAUUGUUUUUAGCUAUACAAAAAAAAAAAAAGAAAGAAGGACAGUUUGACUGCAGAACCUUUCUUUUGGGACCAAAUGGCAUGGCAUUGUAUUAUUUCCGUAGAGAUCGCGUAAGUUUAUAUGGUUGAUAAAUUAGCCCGUUCUAAGGCUGGCCCACUAGUUGGAUGACUCAUCCCAAACUUGUAAAAGUAGCGAGACUUUGUGUUGAAGAAUCUUUGCACAGAAACCCUUGUCUAAUUUUUAAUGAACUGUCAAAAAACUUUGAAAUUUUAUUACAUGAAGCAGUUUGUCUGUGCAAGACGUACACAUGCAACACUUUAUUUUAAAAGUGUGUCAAGUAUGGUGUCGGGCAGUACUUGUCUGGAGCGUUCCUUUUCUAAUUGUCAUUUAAUUCACUGACGUAGCGUUUGGCAUACAAUUUAAGGUCACACUCGUGGAAACACCUGCGUGUAAAGUGUGCAGCAUGUUUGAAACGGUGCAAUGCAUGUGUGGUGCAAACGCAUAGUAAUGUUAUUCAAAACAAGGUCAUUUAUAAUAGCAUGAUUCCAAUUGAAAUAAUCGUCCAGUCUUGAAUAAAUUUUUUGUCUGAUCAGAGGCACCUCUUCUAUUGCAUCCAUUGAUCUCUCUAUUACUUUUAUAAUCGUAACAGCUGUGCAUCAUUUCAGGCGUGGAAAGUUUGCUCUACAUUAUAUAUGUUUAUUGUGUGUGAUGAAUCAAACUGUGUCGAUUCUUUGUAUGCAGCGUGUGACCAAUGUUUCGUGGCAGCUUGCUUGCCGGAUGGCCACUUUUCAGCAGUGGAACAAAUAAAUUUUUAUACGUUUUUA